AUGGUGUCCAUCAUAAAGAAUCAACUGCUCAAGCAUCUCUCCCGCUACACGAAGAACUUAUCGCCGGAUAAGGUAAACCUGAGCGCAUUCCGGGGCGAAGGUGAACUCUCCAACCUGCAACUGGACGAGAAUGUGCUGACGGAACUGCUGGAGCUACCGGCCUGGUUACGGCUGACGUCCGCCUGGUGCAAUCAUGUCUCGUUUCGAAUAUCCUGGACCAAGCUGAAAAGCACACCGAUUAUGCUGACACUUGACGAAGUGAACAUAACGAUAGAAACAUGCGAAAUAGCGCGCAGCGGAACACCAACUGCCGGGCUUUCCAGCCUGGCGGUACCUCAGGGGAAAUACAGCUUUAUACACAAGGUCAUCGACGGUAUCACGAUCGCGGUGAACACGGUGAACGUAAAUCUAAAAAGUCCCGCCUUUACCGCCUCGGUACAAAUGUCGCGAAUACGGGUGGAAUCCCGCACGCCCAAGUGGCUGCUCGGCGAUCUGCGCGUGACCAGGCUCAAGGAUCCAACCCGCGGCAUGAUACUGAUCUUCAAGGAACUGUCCUGGCAGACGGUGCGCAUCGAAGCAAGCAGCACCCAAGACCUCAGCCUCACACCGUUGCGCCUCCUAACGAAUCAGGCCCGCUGUCGCAUCACGAUCAAGAAGCGGCUAACAGACUGUAGCAUCGUUGCCAGCCGGUUGGUGCUGAUUCUGGACGAUUUGUUGUGGGUGUUGACGGAUUCACAACUCAAGGCGGCACUCCAUUUCGUAGACUCACUAACCGGCCUAAUCAAAGCUUCGACAAAUGUGGUGCAACGGGUAAAAGCACAGAAAAAACUGGAAACGCUGCCAGAGUAUCAGGCACAGCUGGACCAAUCGAAGAAGGUACCGGAUACGCAACAGUUGUCCGCCGCCCAACGCUACUUUAAUAUCUAUGAUGUGCGGGAAACGUCGUAUCACUUCUUCAGCCAGCGCAUCGAUCUUCACCUGUGUGAUGACGCCGGUGUGGGACGGUCCAGCCAUCCUAGCCUAACGGACGGUGGAGCAUUGCAGAUUUCUGUGCAGGGCUUCCAGAUCGAUUACUAUCCGUACCAUUUGGCGAAAGCCGAUCGAUCCCACUGGCCAAAAUAUCGUGAGGCAAGCAUACCACCCGCUCUCUGGCUGGAGCAAUCACUAAACACCUUCAGGGAAGCCAUUCUAAACCUAAGUCAACCAAAUCGACCACCGCAGCAUGCAUCAUUGGAAAGAACAACAAACUUCGGUCAGCAGCAAGCGCCACCCGCAUCACCUGCACCGAUGGGACAUCAGCGUGGCGCUAGUACGGCAGGCACCAAUGGCACUAAUCAACCCCCAGCCCAAUCCGUUCCCGGCACGCCAAACAGUGGCAGCAGCCAUAGUACUGUUUCACCGAUGAAAAAACACGUCCUAGACAAUCUGGCAAAGCUCAUGUGUGCCUGCGUAGUGAUGAAAAUUGAAGAGUUUACACUGUACCGCGUGACCACGUCCGGGAACAAGCAGAUGCCAAAAGAGUUUGUUGCUGCUGAUAGAGACAGAGUACCACCGGAUAUGGCUACACUUCAUGCGGAAUUUACGUACUUCUACUAUCCUGGAGACUUUGUAUUUCCAUUGCCACCCUCGAAAGCGUUCGUUCAUAUCAACCCCGUACAAGUGCACUUCCAUCUGGACAGUCUUCUAUGGCUGAGUUCGUUCAUACUGAACCUGCACGAGAGCCUUCUGCGCACGAACAACGUCACGAGUGGCCUCAAUUCCCCGUCCACCCCUUCCAGCGCAUCGGACACCGAACAGCAGCCCAACAUCAUGUACAUGGACGUAAAGGUGGAAUGUAUCAUGCCGCGGUUAAUAUUUGAAGCCGCACCGGGCGCCCCGCAGCAACGUGAUCGACCAAAGGCAAUGCACGUGGAAGUUUCACGCUUUGCGCUGACCAAUAUCCGUGAGACGGGUUCGUCACGGGCGGAUCUUGCCCAAGCGAUAUCGUCGCUACAGGAGGGUAGUCUUGUGUUCGGUUCCGGAUUUCCUUCGAAACCGGGCGAUUUGUGCAUCGUUACCGAUCGGAUACUGUCACACAUAGCGGCUACGGAUGUGGGCGUUGGAUUGAAUGGUGCGCUACUAAACGGAGGCGAUGGGCUACAGUCGGCUUUCAGUAAUCUUACGCGUUACGCGACGUGGCGGGAACCGCGGGAUGUAUGGUGCUUGAAGCUGGAUCCGGUUUGGGUGGAGUUUUACGGCGCUCGUUCGAUCGGCCCAAGCCGAGCGAUUCCAUUUGUCGAUGCGGUACCGGUAACAAUUUGGUUGCAUGGGCGCUCGGAUGAAAUACCCGAACUAAUCGCACCGGAUACCAUUGUUGGUGGUGCUGAGCAAAGCGAUGGUGGCAAGCGCAUUCACAAUAGCAAUAUUUCCAUUUCAAACAAAUCGAGCGAAAGCAGUCUCAUCCUGUCCGUCAACAGUUUAAAACAAUCACUAGAUUUAGAAUCAACGCCACUCGGUAGCAGCUACUGGAGUGGGGCCGGCGGUACGGUGAUGGAUGAUGAAAAGCGCAAACGUUUUUCUACCGCUUCUGUACAGGGGCCCGAAGCGAGAACCCAACCGCAACUACCCACAGCAUUCCCAUCGGUCGAGGCGGACAGCGAGACGGACAAUCGGACGGCCGAUCUGCAUGUCAUCGCCCACGUUUCCAACCUAGUUAGUGUUCAAAUCGAUCAUUAUCAGUAUCUGUUUUUGCUUCGGUUGGCCGAAGAAUUGACCGAGCUGGCCACAUUUCUAUCAUUGGAUUCGAAGCGUAUUUUGCAAGCGGCAAAUACGGAAAAAUCGAUUAUUGUUGGCUGUGUGAUACCGCAGGUAGAAGUUUCGCUCGUGAUGCCUUCCCAAACACCCGGCAAAGAGUCAAGCGGAGGUGACGGUGAAAGCGUAUUACCAGAUUCGGCCAGUUUAGGUAAAACGCUUGAACUAUUUAACUCUGGUUCAGGGUGGCCAAAUUCGAUGGACCAAACAAGAAAUUCUAACAUUUUUAGCAGUACCGAAUGUCCCUCCCCAAUCGCAACAGAACCACCGGUGGAACUACAUCACAUUUCCAAUCCCAAUACCCACGGACACAAUGUACAGAUCCAAAGUAUACCGACAACUUCCUCCACGUCGGGCGUUGCCUCGGUUGAAACGCCGUCCUCUUCGUCGGUCGUUGUAACUGCACGGACGGUCGGUUCCACGAAUGUAACGACCCCGAUUCAGGGUCAGCAUGUUGUAGUGCAGCCACAAUCGAAGGCGCGCAAUUCUACCACCGACUCAUCAUUCUCGAAGGAUAUCAACUCUGGUCUUAGUUCCAUGAAAAAGGGCUUCUCGCAUCUGAUGACCUCGAUCGAUUCCGCGCUCAAGACAAACACGUCGGACGACAUCAGCGAUACGCUAUCGGUACAGUCGGAUCUCAGCUCCGAUUCGGAACUGCAGCGCGUCUUGGAGGAUACGGAAAAGACGACCGAUUGUAUGGACGCCAUGUUUAAGCUGUAUCCGUUCGGGCAGGAAAGCACAAUCAAAAUGGCUCCGAUUGAGGUGGCCAGCGAGGUGUGUGAAGAUCCGUUCCUGACAAACAUGUCCUCUCCGUCCGAUCCGUCCGAAAGCAGCAGUCUUAAGCGACGGGACAUUGUAUCAAUGGUGACGUUUAGAUUGACCACCGUGGAGGUGAUACGCCAAAAUGUUGGAAAUGGAUCGUCACUCAGAUUGCAAGUAUCCGCAAUAAGCUGUGAUGAAUGUGGUGCGAUACCGUGGGAUGAAUUUCAGACCAAGUUCGGAACUAGAUGUAGAGCAUGGAACAUUGCACCGCAUAAUCCGGAAGCACCGCCUUGUGUUGCGAUUAGAUUAGAGGAAGAGCUCACCCUGCCGGCUGAUUCGUGCAAAAUCACUGACAAGCAGACAAUCCUGAGCUGGUUUAAGCGCAAGCUGAACGUUGAGGUAAAGGAUAUCGAUCUGCAGCUGUCCAUGAGCACCGUCGUGGGUUUGGGAGAUCUGGCUGAGGAUGAAAUGAUACCGACACCGAUACCGAUGGAGGUGACGGUAGAGAACGUGAAGAUCAAUCUGAUUGAGGAUCGUCCGCCGGUAAACAUUACCUCGCCCGGAUCGUUGCCCGUAAAUCUAGCCAUCGGACGGGUGCUGCUGACACGCGACGAAGCGGGUGUAUUUUAUGUACAGCCUACGUUUGGUAGCAAAGCGGACGACAGCGUGGUGGACGGUGGCAAACGGAAGCUGAAUCGUUCCGACACCGAGGUUAAGCGGGAACGCGAUCGUGAGGUAAAAUCGCUACACCUGGUGCUGCAGCAGCUGAAACAGGACAAUGACAGCCUAAAGAAACAACUGACUGACAAUGAGCGAACGUCGGAAAGCAAUAGGAUGAAAGUGCGACAGGAGAACGAAGUACUGAGAAACUACCUGAAAGCUGCCCAGGAUGAUAUAACCACACUGCUGGACGAGAAGCGUACCUUAAUGGCGACGAUCAAGUCGCUGCAGGAUCAACUGACAUCGUUGAGUGACUUGCAGCUGGGUCAGCAGGACGGCAAAAGAUAG